AUGACUGUUAUCCAGGAGGAAAUCUCUACAAAAGAGAAAAUAGUUCAUACUGGAGAGAAGCCCUUUCAGUGUAAUGAUUGUGGAGGAGCCUUUAUUCAGAACUCUAAGCUUAUUCAGCAUCUGAGAAUUCAUACUGGAGAGAAAAUUUAUGAAUGUAAUGAUUGUGGGAAAUAUUUUAAGAAACCCUACGAGUAUAGUGAAUGUGGGAAAGCCUUUAGACACAGUUCACACUUCAGUCAACAUCAAAGAACACAUGAUAUUCAACUGGCCGUGGAUAUCAAAUGGAAACUCUGUUUAUGUAAUGAAUGUGGCAGGGCUUCUCACCAAAAUGCUCAUGGUAUCAAACAUCAUAGAAUUCAUACUUGUGAUAAACUCUAUGACUGUAGUGCAUGUGGGAAUACUUUUGGUGCACAAUCAACUCUUAUUCAGCAUCAUAAAUUUCACACAGGAGAGAAACCUACGAACACAGUGAAUAAAAGGGGAAGAUGUGGGCAUGAAGUACAGAAUAUAGUGGAAAGAUUUGGAGCUGACGUUAACAAGGCUCUUCUUGCCAAGAGAAAAAGACUAGAAAGGACACCAGGGCAUCUGUCGAAUCCAAUAACCAGAGAAUGGAACGUGUUUGGAAAACACAAGAGAAAGCAAAAUGUCUAACAAUGUAGAAUCGUUCAGAGUCAGAGCCUGAAAGCAAUUAGGUCAUUAUACAAGCAGUUCAUAAAGAGCACAGAGGACUUGCAGAAGAAUCAUGAUAAUCUACUUAUUGGUGCACAAAAUGACCUUAGAAAAGAAGUGACUGUGUUGCAAAAUAAAUAUGAUGGAAACUGGAGUUUCCAGGCUGACAAAGCACCUCAAAACUUUAGCUUUAGUCCUCAGAUAGGAUUUGACUGGCUUGAAGUCUGGAGUUCCCGGAUGCUGCGGACGCUUCAGCACUGCUCGAUUCAGCUCUGCAGUGACCACACCAGCUUUUCUGGGUUUCUUCUGCGCAUGUGCGGCUUCUCCGCCAUCUUUUAUCAGGAGUUCCCGGAUGCUGCGGACGCUUCAGCACUGCUCCUCAGAUCCUGGGGUCGGAUUAUGCGUCCGUGA